GCAACACCAACACUUGGACUCAACCACCUCAUCUCUGAUCUGACAAACAACAAUCACCGCCUUUCUGGCUUAGUCGCCAGUUUAAUAUUUCCCAAGGCACUCUUUAAACCUUUUUUGUUUAAUAACUGGAUUUUGAAGGUUUUGCUCUGUGAAGACAAAUGGAGGUUGUGACUGGACUAGUGUUGCUGAUGUUAAGAGGACUGUCUGAUGGAUUGGAGAGCCGCUGUGAUGUUAGAGAGGUAGAAGGUCAGUAUUAUGGAGCUCUGGGAGGGACUGUCUAUCUCCGUCUGGUCACUGAUGACAUCGAAAAUACUGACAUCAACUUAAAAAAAGAUCCCUCUGGAAAAUCUAUAGAUCUUUUCAGAAGGAAAAACAAAACCAACUUCAUUAAUGAAGCCAUCAAAUCUAGAUCAGAAUUCUUUAUCAACAAUGGGACAUUGAAGAUAUCAAAUAUAGAAAGGAGUGAUGCUGGUGAAUAUUCCUCAGAAACAUUCAAUUCAUCUGGAAUAUCCCUCACCUGCAUAAGAUUUCAACUGUCCAUUGAAGAAGGAGGCAAUGAAGUGGCCACAUUGUCUCGAGUAGCUGUAUUCCUGGUCCUUACUGUGAUAGUGGCAGUUUUCUGGAUCCACUGGAGGAGGACACCGCCCCAGACAACAGAUGCUAAUAGAAGCCAAGAACUGGAAUAUGCUGACAUCACUGUUGUGAAGAAGGGGAAUGUGAGGAAGGUUCUGGAGGAGGUGGAGUAUGGACAGCUUGUAGUGUUGGAGGGUUCCAGAUCAAACACAGUGAGAGACAGACCUACAGGGCAGGAGGACACUGUUUAUGCUGGAAUAAAGCCUGGCCAGUGAAUGGAAGAUUCUUUACUGCAGACUGGAGUUUGAAGUUGCUUAAUUUGUCACUGUAACAAUCUUUUUUCUAUACAUAUUCCAUCUUUCCUGUAUUCAAUGUUUCUGUAUUGUUGUCUUUAUUUGGUUACAUUCACUGCUUAUGGUUUUGUACAUUGUU